CCUUCCUCCUCCACCUCCUCCUCCUCCUCCUCGCCGAGCGCAGCGCCCCGAGCAUGGAGCCUGCCUGAGACGCUCCGUGGGCUCCGGCAGCUGCGGCGGCGGCGGCGGCACAACAUGGAGGCUGUGGCCCCGCCGCUCCCGCUGCUGCUGCUGCGGCUCUUGGCCGCCUCGGUGCUGCGGUGCGGGCCGGGCUCGGCUGCGGCAUCUCCCUUUCUGCUUUUCGCCAACCGGCGGGAUGUUCGACUUGUGGAUGCUGGAGGCACAAAGCUGGAGUCCACUGUUGUGGUCAGUGGUUUAGAGGAUGCUGCUGCGGUUGACUUCCAGUAUUCGCAAGGCAUUGUUUUCUGGACAGAUGUGAGUGAAGAAGCCAUCAAGCAAACUCACAUUAACCAAACUGGGAAUGUGGUGCAGAAUGUCAUCAUUUCUGGUCUGGUUUCCCCGGAUGGCCUGGCUUGUGAUUGGAUUGGGAAAAAGCUUUACUGGACGGAUUCAGAAACCAAUAGGAUAGAAGUAGCUAAUCUGAAUGGAACAUCUAGAAAAGUCCUCUUCUGGCAAGACUUAGAUCAGCCCAGAGCAAUAGCUUUGGAUCCUGCUCAUGGAUACAUGUAUUGGACUGACUGGGGUGAAACACCCAGAAUAGAACGGGCAGGAAUGGACAGCAGCACACGAAAAAUAAUUGUCAAUUCAGAUAUUUACUGGCCAAAUGGACUCACGAUAGAUCUUGAUGAGCAGAAACUUUACUGGGCUGAUGCAAAACUGAGUUUCAUUCAUAGGGCAAAUCUGGAUGGUUCGUUUAGGCAAAAAGUUGUCGAAGGUAGUCUUACUCAUCCCUUUGCACUGACGUUAUCUGGGGACACUUUGUAUUGGACAGACUGGCAAACACGCUCCAUUCAUGCCUGUAACAAAAGGACAGGAGAGAAAAGGAGAGAAAUACUGUCUUCCCUAUAUUCACCAAUGGACAUCCAGGUUUUAAGCCCAGACCGGCAGCCAUACUUUCACACUCCAUGUGAAGAAAACAAUGGUGGUUGCUCCCAUCUGUGCCUGCUCUCUCCAAGAGACCCCUUCUACAGCUGUGCCUGCCCCACUGGUGUGCAGCUGGAAGACGAUGGCAGGACUUGCAAAUCAGGUGCUGAAGAAGUCUUGCUGCUUGCUAGAAGGACUGACUUGAGGCGGAUUUCCCUGGACAUGCCAGAUUUCACUGACAUCAUUCUGCAGAUAGACAAUAUCAGACACGCAAUUGCGAUAGACUAUGAUCCUGUGGAGGGCUACAUCUACUGGACUGAUGAUGAUGUCCGGGCAAUUCGUCGGGCCUACCUUGAUGGAUCUGGAGCACAGACUCUGGUAACCACAGAAAUCAAUCAUCCGGAUGGUAUUGCUGUGGAUUGGGUGGCGAGGAACCUGUACUGGACUGAUACUGGAACAGACCGCAUUGAAGUGACCCGGUUGAAUGGGACAUCAAGAAAGAUCCUUAUCUCAGAAAACCUAGAUGAACCUCGAGCAAUAGUGCUCAAUCCUGUAAUGGGCUACAUGUAUUGGACGGACUGGGGUGAAAGUCCAAAGAUAGAAUGUGCUUAUUUGGAUGGCUCAGAAAGGCGAGUUCUGGUGAACACAUCCCUGGGUUGGCCUAAUGGCUUGGCACUGGAUCUGGAAAAAGACAAGCUUUACUGGGGAGAUGCAAAAACAGAUAAAAUUGAGGUCAUAAAUGUUGAUGGAACAAUGAGGAAAACCCUCCUAGAAGAUAAGCUUCCACAUAUAUUUGGGUUCACACUGCUGGGAGAUUACAUCUACUGGACUGACUGGCAGAGAAGAAGCAUUGAAAGAGUUCACAAGAUAAAGGCUAGCAGAGACAUCAUUAUUGAUCAGUUGCCAGAUUUAAUGGGCCUUAAAGCAACAAGUGUUACCAAAGUGUUUGGAACUAACCCAUGUGCAGAGAACAACGGAGGCUGCAGCCAUCUGUGUUUCUUUACACCCCAGGAGACCAGGUGUGCCUGUCCCAUUGGCCUUGAGCUGUUGAGUGACAUGAGGACUUGCAUCAUUCCUGAAGCCUUCUUAGUUUUCACAAGCAGAGCAGCAAUUCAUCGGAUUUCCCUUGAAACAAAUAAUAAUGAUGUUGCUAUUCCUCUUACUGGAGUCAAGGAAGCAUCUGCUCUGGAUUUUGAUGUCUCUGAUAACAGAAUCUAUUGGACUGAUGUUAGUCUGAAGACCAUAAGCCGAGCUUUCAUGAAUGGGAGCUCUGUUGAACAUGUGAUUGAGUUUGGGCUGGAUUAUCCUGAGGGAAUGGCUGUAGACUGGAUGGGAAAGAAUCUCUACUGGGCAGAUACUGGAACGAAUCGUAUUGAAGUAGCCCGCCUGGAUGGACAGUACAGGCAGGUCCUUGUGUGGAAGGACUUGGACAACCCAAGGUCUCUGGCUCUUGAUCCUACCAAAGGAUACAUGUACUGGACUGAAUGGGGAGGUAAACCUAGAAUUGUUCGAGCAUAUAUGGAUGGAACAAACAGCAUCACUUUGGUGGACAAAGUGGGUCGUGCCAAUGACCUCACUAUUGAUUAUGCAGACCAAAGGCUAUAUUGGACUGACUUAGACACAAGCAUGAUUGAGUCAUCAAAUAUGCUAGGCCAAGAGAGAGAAAUCAUAGCAGAUGAUCUACCUCAUCCAUUCGGAUUAACCCAAUACAAUGACUACAUCUACUGGACAGACUGGAAUCUUCACAGCAUAGAAAGAGCAGACAAGACCAGUGGGAAGAACCGGACACUUAUUCAGGGCCAUCUGGAUUUUGUGAUGGAUAUAUUAGUCUUCCAUUCUUCACGUCAAGAUGGCUUGAAUGAUUGUGUGCAAAAUAAUGGCCAUUGUGGUCAUUUGUGCCUUGCCAUACCAAAUGGAUUUAGGUGUGGCUGUGCUGCUCAUUAUACCUUGGAUCCCAACAGCAGGAACUGUAGUUCCCCUGCCAGCUUCCUGUUGUUUAGCCAGAAAUCUGCAAUCAGCCGGAUGAUACCAGAUGAUCAGCAAAGUCCAGAUAUCAUACUGCCUAUGCAUGGUCUAAGGAAUGUUAAGGCUAUCGAUUAUGAUCCCUUAGAUAAAUUUAUCUACUGGGUGGAUGGACGUCAGAAUAUUAUAAAAAGAGCCAAAGAUGAUGGCACUCAGCCUUUCACUGUCAUGAGUACUCCAAACCAAAGCCAGAACCCAGAGAAACAGCCACACGACCUUAGCAUUGAUAUAUACAGUCAUACCUUGUACUGGACCUGCGAGGCCACCAAUUCAGUCAAUGUCCACAGGCUGAACGGCGAGUCAGUUGGAAUGGUGCUGCGUGGGGAUCAUGACAGGCCCAGAGCCAUUGUAGUAAAUGCAGAACGAGGGUACAUGUACUUCACCAACAUGCAAGAGCGAGCUCCCAAGAUUGAGCGUGCAGCCCUUGAUGGCACAGAGAGAGAAGUGCUUUUUACAACUGGGCUUAUUCGACCAGUAGCACUGGUGAUUGACAACAAACUUGGAAAGCUUUUCUGGGUGGAUGCAGAUCUGAAGCGCAUCGAAAGCUGUGACUUGUCAGGUGCUAACCGCGUGACCCUGGAGGACUCCAACAUCCUUCAGCCAAUGGGACUUACUGUGCUGGGCAAUCACUUGUAUUGGAUUGAUCGUCAGCAGCAGAUGAUUGAGAGAGUGGAGAAAAUAAACGGAUACAAAAGGACUAGAAUUCAAGGCCGAAUUGCUCACCUAACUGGUAUUCAUGCUGUAGAAGAGCUUGAUAUGGAAGAAUUCUCUGUGCAUCCAUGCUCCCGUGACAAUGGUGGGUGCUCACACAUUUGCAUUGCCAAAGGGGAUGGGACUCCAAGAUGUUCAUGCCCCGAGCACCUUGUGCUUCUGCAGAAUCUCUUAACAUGUGGAGAACCUCCAACUUGUUCCCCAGACCAGUUUACCUGUGCAACUGGAGAGAUUGACUGUAUCCCAAUGGCAUGGCGAUGUGAUGGAUUUCCAGAGUGUGAUGACCAGAGUGAUGAAGAUAGUUGCCCAAUAUGCUCUGCAUCCCAGUUCCAGUGUGAGAAAGGACAGUGUAUCGAUGCACACUUGCGGUGUAAUGGAGAAAUUGACUGCCAAGAUAAAUCUGAUGAAGCAGAUUGUGAUACAAUUUGUCUACCCAAUCAGUUCCGAUGUGCAAGCGGCCAGUGCAUCCUCCUGAAGCAACAGUGUGACUCCUUUCCAGAUUGCAUCGAUGGUUCUGAUGAGCUUAUGUGUGAAAAACCAAAGCCAUCCUCAGACGAGUCGCAGCCACACAGUAGUGCCAUUGGUCCUGUCAUUGGUAUAAUAUUGUCACUUUUUGUCAUGGGAGGAAUGUACUUUGUUUGCCAGCGAGUGGUGUGUCAGCGCUAUGCCGGACCCAAUAGUCCUUUUCCACAUGAGUAUGUCAGUGGCACCCCUCACGUCCCUCUUAAUUUUAUUGCUCCAGGAAGUUCUCAGCAUGGCACCUUUACUGGUAAGGAUGGCAUCUCUUGUGGAAAGUCCGUGAUCAGCUCCAUGAGUCUCAUGGGAGGAAGCAGCGGUGCCCCAUUAUAUGACAGAAACCAUGUUACUGGAGCCUCUUCAAGUAGCUCAUCCAGCACUAAAGCCACUUUCUACCCACAGAUCUUGAACCCACCUCCUUCCCCAGCUACCGAUCGCUCCCUGUAUAAUGCAGAGAUGUUUUAUUCUUCAAACAUUCCUUCAACCACAAGAUCUUACAGGCCAUAUAUUAUACGAGGGAUAGCUCCACCCACAACCCCAUGCAGCACAGAUGUUUGUGACAGUGACUAUACUACUAGUCGAUGGAAGGCCAACAAAUACUAUAUCGAUUUAAAUUCAGACUCAGACCCUUAUCCCCCACCACCCACACCUCGCAGUCAAUACAUGUCAGCAGAAGAAAGUUGCCCUCCGUCUCCUGCCACAGAACGAAGCUAUUUUCACCUCUACCCCCCUCCACCUUCUCCUUGUACAGACUCCUCAUGACCUCAACAGAAGGAACUCUUCCUGUAAAUAUUUUAAAAUAUGAACAGAUUUAAAAUAUAUAUUUUAUGAUUUAAAAAUAAAUUGGGGUGGGAAUUUAAAAAAAAGAAAUGUGAAUAAAAAUGGGUGGGAGGGAUGGGGCUGUGAAAAAUUGUACAGAGGAAGAAUAUUUAUAAAAUUGAUUUUUUUAACUUAA